AUGAGUGAUGAUGAGCAGCAGGACUUGAAUCUUUAUGAUGAUAUAUCUACGUAGUUCAAAAAGUCCGGUGAAGAUGCGAUUGCAAAGUACAAGAGAUAGACCGACGAAAGGAAGAAGCAAGCAGCUUAAAUUGAUGCAAAAGGCGGUAAAAAUAGAAAUACUGGAAAGCAUAAUCAUGCUUCUGAUGAGAGUCAAGAUGAGGAAGAUAAAGAAUCUUAUUAUGACUCAAUGGAAUACGGUGACGAAUUCAAUGAUUAAGAGGAAUAAGAUUACAAAAAAGAAAAGCAAUCAGAUAGGAAAUCUAAGCAAUAAACCGAAUAGGUAUAAUAAAAAUAGCAACAAUUAAAAAGUAGUCUCAAGAGAACGACGAAUUAAAAAGUAGUCGCAGUUUAAUCUGAAAGCAGCUCAGAAUCUGACGAUGAGGAACAGGAAGAAGAAGAAUCAGUAGCUAAAAACAAAUCAACAAGCAGACCUUCAAGAAGAAAUAAUAGAGGAUAGCAGUAAAAGAUAGUAUCACAAAAUAUUAAAUAAAGCGCUAGCAAAUAAAAUAAACUAGAGUCAGAGGCAGAGUCUGAAUAAGAGGAAGAAGAGUUAGACGAAGAACAUGAGGAUGAUGAUGAAGAGGAAAAUGAGUAAUAAGAAGAUGAUAUAGAUGACGAAGAAGGUGAAGAUGAAUAAGAAGAGGAUGAGGAGGAAGAAGAAGAGGAAGAGGAAGAAGAAAAAUUGCCAGAACCAAAGGUAUUACCUGAGAGAUCCACUAGAGGGUAAAGAAUGAAUCUUCUAGUUGGUAAGGCACUUGAGGAAGACUAACAAUUUUGGAACCAAGGAGUUUUUGAAGAGGAUUAAUCUGAUGAUGAUUUUGACUCAAAAGAAGUUUCAUUAUCUGCUGGAUAAGAUUCAUUCGACUCAGAUUUUGAAGAGUCAGAUGGACAAGAGUCAUAAGAAGCUAAGGAUAGUAAGUCUAAAUCAAAGAAUAAGAAUGAGACACCCUCAAAGAAAAGGAAAUCUUCUAAUUAAAAUUAGGAUUCCGAAAAUGAUUAUGAGGAGGAUAGAAAUCUUGCGGCUGAGGAAAAAAGGUAGAACUAGAAGAAAAAAGUAACAUUUGGACAUGAAAAAGCCAAAAAGAGCAGGGAUCUAAAGAGGAAAUAAAAAGAAGAGCAAAGGUCUCGUAAAAAUGAAAAAGAGAAAGAUAAGGCACCUACUGAAGAAGAUUAGUAAGAAGAUGAUAAGAAUGAAGAAUAGGGAUCUGAUGAUGAUGACGAAAAAUCUUUUGAUUUGUAAAAUGAUAUUAGAAGAAGUUCAAGGUUAGAGAAAAAGAUAAAGAAAAAGGAUUCAAAUGAUCCUACCUCCAUUUUAAAGAAAAGAGAAAAAGAAAAAGAGGGAAGCGAUAAUGAGGAUUAAUCAGGUGAAAAGAAAAAGAGACCUAGAUAUGCAAGAGCCCCACCAGGAUCAUUGGCAAACCCAGACUGGGAUUGA